AAAUCAUCCAAUCUCCUCCCCCUCACUUCCCCAUUCUCCCUCCCUUCCUUUCCCCCACGCCAGCCGCUUUCUCUCUCUAGAAAAUCCCUUCAACCAACACUCACUUUCUCUCACUAAAAAAAAGUUUACUCUGUGUGUAAACUGGAUAGUGGGUUGCUGGGUAUAUGGGAAUGACGGACUAUCGAUUACCAACGAUGAAUCUGUGGACGGACGACAACGCGUCGAUGAUGGAGGCUUUCACGACCUCCGAUCUGACGUCGUUUUGGCCUCCACCUCCUACGUCAUCCUCUGUUUCGACGUCCAACAACACUCCUGAUCUCCCCAAAACUGUAAACCAAUCACCACCGUCCGUUUCGCAAUUCAAUCAAGAGAGCCUUCAACAGCGUCUUCAAGCCCUGAUCGAAGGCGCUCGGGAGAGCUGGACCUACGCGAUCUUCUGGCAAUCCUCUGUUCUCGAUUACUCUGCUUCGCCGGUUCUGGGUUGGGGCGAUGGGUACUACAAAGGCGAGCCCAAGCGCAAAACGGCGUCGUCCUCGUCGACGGCGGAGCAAGAGCACCGGAAAAAGGUGCUCCGGGAGCUCAAUUCGCUCAUCGCCGGCUCCUCUGCUUCGCCGGACGAAGCUGUUGACGAAGAAGUUUCCGAUACUGAGUGGUUCUUUCUGGUGUCGAUGACUCAGUCGUUCGCUAAUGGAAGUGCUCUUCCGGGCCAGGCUUUCUUCAAUUCGGCUCCGAUUUGGGUCGCCGGAGGCGACCGACUCGCCGCCUCACCCUGCGAGCGAGGUCGGCAGGGACGGGUGUUUGGGUUGCAGACCAUGGUGUGUAUACCUUCUGCAAAUGGUGUAGUCGAGUUGGGUUCGACGGAAUUGUUAUUACAGUCGUCGGAUCUGAUGAACAAGGCUAGGGUUUUGUUCAAUUUCAAUAAAAUCGAAAUGGGUUCUUGGCCGAUGGCGGCGGAUCACGGCGGCGACAACGAUCCGUCGACGAUUUACAUCAUUGAUCCGUCGUCUUCGGCGAAUACCACACCCUCCACAACAAUUCCGAUUAACAAUCACCAAUUGUCAAAGCCAAUUGUAUUUGAAAACCCUAGUUCGAGUACUUUGUCUGAAAACCCUAGCUCAGUUCAAAUUAACAGUCACCAAUCACACCAAUCUCACACACAGCACCAGCAACAAACACACAGCUUUUUCACCAGGGAAUUGAAUUUCUCUGAAUUGGAGUUUGACGGAAUCAACCUUAGGAAUGGGAAUUCACAUUUGUGCAAGCCUGAGUCAGGGGAGAUAUUGAAUUUUGGGGAGAGUAAGAGAAGUUCUUGCAGUGGAAAUGGAAAUCCCUUUUCGGGUCAUUCACAAUUGGGGGUAGUAGAGGAGAACAGUAAGAAGAGGUCACCAACAUCCCGUGGUAGCAACGAUGAGGGGAUGCUAUCCUUUACUUCGGGGGUGAUCUUGCCCUCUUCCACCGUGGUGAGGUCAAGUGCCGGUGGUGAUUCCGACCACUCCGAUCUUGAGGCCUCUGUGGUCCGUCCUGCAGAUAGCAGUAGAGUUAUAGACCCCGAAAAGAGGCCUAGAAAGCGUGGUAGAAAACCCGCGAAUGGAAGAGAGGAGCCAUUGAAUCAUGUUGAAGCUGAGAGGCAGAGGAGGGAGAAGCUCAACCAGAGGUUCUACGCCCUUCGUGCAGUGGUGCCCAAUGUCUCGAAAAUGGACAAAGCAUCCCUACUCGGCGACGCCAUUGCAUACAUCAAUGAGCUGAAAUCGAAGCUUCAAACUGUGGAAUCCGAUAAGAAGGAAGUGUGGAGUCAAGUGGAGUCACUGAAGAAGGAACUGGCUAGUAAAGAAUCGCGGGGUUCAGCUCAUCCUCCUCCUCUUGAUCAAGAUCUCAAAUUGUCGAAUCACAAGUUGAUAGAUAUGGACAUUGAUGUGAAGAUCAUAGGUUGGGACGCGAUGAUUCGAAUCCAGUGCAGUAAGAAGAACCACCCGGCAGCCAGGCUAAUGUGUGCCCUGAUGGAGCUUGAACUAGAAGUGCACCAUGCCAGUGUGUCUGUGGUGAAUGAUUUGAUGAUCCAACAAGCCACCGUGAAGAUGGGAAGUCGGAUCUACACUCAAAAUGAGCUCCGGAUGGUCUUAUCGUCCAAAUUUGCAUAAGCAUUCCACGGAUGCAGCACUGCAAAAGCUCGUACCGGGACAUUUUCAGGCUCCCUGUACCAAGCUUUGUAACAUAGGUUGUUUCAAAUUGGUCUUUAUUUAAAAUUUUAGUAUAGUAUGAGUUUUUGGAGGAGAUUAGAACUAAAAAGCCGAGUGAAUUCGGCGUUUUUACCCCUUAUUUUUUGAUCUUUUGAUCUUUUGUCUACUUCAGUGUAUAUAACCUGUAUUUUCGGAUGAAUUUCUGGGCUUAUUGUGUUAUUGUUAAUUGGAGGUCAUAAGUUGCCUGUUCUUCUGUAUGUAAAAUUUACAUUGAGCUAUGCAACUUGUAUAUUUUGUUUUA